AUGGCGGCGAAGGCUUCGGCUCCCCCCUUGAAGGGCAUCAAAGUCUUGGAAUUUGCCGGUCUUGCCCCUGGCCCAUACGCAGGCCUCAUCCUCGCCGAUGCAGGCGCUUCAGUCCUCCGGGUCGACAGACCUCCUCCCAUUUCCCGCCCCCAAGGCGAAAUAUCAAUUCCCGAUGUGCUCGCCCGCAACAAGUCCUCCAUCGUCAUCGACUUAAAAGACCCUCGCGGCAUAGCGCUCAUCAGGCGUCUCGCAAAGCACGUCGACGUCCUCAUUGACCCAUUCCGGCCGGGUGUGCUAGAGAAACUGGGUCUCGGGCCAGAUGAGCUGCUUGCCAUCAACCCGCGCCUUGUCUACGGCCGCAUGACUGGGUUCCGCCGCGACGGCAAAUACGCCGACAUGGCCGGCCACGACAUCAACUAUCUGGCCGCAUCUGGCGUUCUCUCUCUGCUUGGAAGAUCAGGCGAGAAGCCCCUCGCCCCGUGGAACAUUCUCGCCGACUUUGCGGGCGGAGGCGCCACGCUUGCCCAAGGCGUGCUCCUAGCCAUCAUCUCGCGCUUCUCUACGGGCAAAGGCCAAGUCGUCGAGGCCAACAUGGUCGACGGCAGCUCCCAUCUCGCAUCCUUCCCCCGCAUGUACCUCAAGACCCCUCUAGGCGACCAACCGCGCGGAAAAAACACCCUCGACGGCGGCCGCCCUUUCUACGACACCUACGAGACUUCCGACGGCGAAUACAUGUCCGUCGGCGCCCUCGAGCCCCAGUUCUUCCAAGCCCUCAUCAAGGGCCUCGGCCUAGAAGGACAAGGCUGGGAAACCAAGCGCCACGACCCUUCUUCCUGGCCACAGCUUUACGACCUCUUCACCAAGACAUUCAAGAGCAAGACGCGCUCGCAGUGGGAGGCCGUUUUCGACGGCACGGAUGCGUGCUGCGUCCCCGUGCUGCAUUACAGCGAGCUUGAGACGCAGCCCGAUAGGGAGGGCGACCAGCGGCCGGCGGUGACGCUGAGAGAUACACCGCUGUACUCGCCGGCUGAUGCAGAGGGGAAGGGGUAUGUGGCAGAGCCUUUGGUCCUGGGCCGAGGAACAGAAGAAGUUUUGCGGGAGUGGGCUGGAUGGAAGAAUGGUGACGAAUACGAGUUUCAGAAGGGAGCUGCCGUGCUCAAAGAUAAGAGAGAGAAUUCCAAGCUAUGA